AUGCCAUCGUCUCCAUCCACUAAGAAGGCCAACGUUGGCCCUGGCUACUACGAUCUCAUCAAGGAGGCCGUAAUUUCGCUCAAGGAGCGCACGGGCUCAUCGCGUCACGCCAUUGACAAGUACGUGGCUGCAAAGAAGGGUGCCAGUUAUUCCAAGUCUCGUCUAAACAUUGCAUUGAAGCGUGGAGUCGAGUCUGGCAAGCUCGUGCCUGUAAAAGGCUCAUUUAAACUCGCGAUCGAGGAAAAGAAAGGGUCAGUUAAGAAGCCUAUUGCCAAGCCUGUUGCAGAGAAAACUGCUGCUGUAGCAAAGAAGACGAAACAAUCUACUGCCAAGAAUACGACGUCUAAGAUGAAAAAGAUGGCGGGCAAGAAAGCAGUCAAGUCAGCUGCUAAGAAGAUGACAAAGAAAGCAAAGAAGCCUGUGGCUAAAAAGAUUGUAGCUAAAAAGUCGUUGACUAAGAAGCCCAAGACUACUAAGAAGAAAGUGGUCAAGAAAUCGGCGGCAAAGAAGACCAAGGCUGCCAAAAAGUAA